AGAAACAGCUACAGAACGGCGGAGGACAACCCGUAACGACAGCGACAUCAAUAACCCUAUCACGACGACCUCGCCGACCCGCUCCGUGCCGCGGUCUAUAUAGUCUCCGCCGCCGCCGCCAUGUCGGUCGACUACCUGCUCCACGAGUCGUCGGUGGGUUAUGCUAUUUUCCAGGUGAAGCUGCAAUCGGACACCAUUGGCGCCCGCCUCAAGGAAGUGCAAGACUCGCAGACGGACCUCGCCAAGUUCGGCAAGCAGGUCCAGCUGGUCUCGUUCACGCCGUUCAAGGGCGCGCAAGAGGCGCUGGAAAAUGCCAAUGAUGUGUCGGAGGGUAUCAUGAGCGAGCUGCUCAAGACGGAGCUGGAGGCCAACCUGCCCAAAGCCGGCAAGAAGAGCAAAGUAUCGCUCGGUGUCGGGGACAAGUCUCUUGCUGGGAGCAUCAAGGAGGCCUUUCCCGGCGUGCAGUGUGAGACGCCCGAGACCAGCGAGCUGGCUGCUGAUCUGCUGCGCGGACUGCGUACACACGCCGAGAAGCUGCUCAAGACCCUGCAGAAUGGUGACAUUUCUCGCGCACAGCUCGGUCUGGGCCACGCCUACUCGCGUGCCAAGGUCAAGUUCAGCGUGCAGAAGAACGACAACCACAUCAUCCAGGCCAUCGCCACGAUUGACCACCUGGACAAGGCUGUCAACACCUUCUCCAUGCGGGUGCGAGAAUGGUAUGGAUGGCACUUCCCGGAGCUGAUCCGUAUCGUCAGCGACAAUCACAAGUACGCUCGUUGCGCCUUGUUCAUUGGCGACAAGAAGACGCUCUCCGAGGACAGCCUGCACGAGCUUGCCGCUCUGGUUGACGACGACGAGAGUGUGGCCCGUGCCAUCAUCGAAGCCGCACGAGUGUCCAUGGGUCAAGAGAUCUCCGAGAACGACAUGGAGAAUGUGAUGACCUUUGCGAAGCGUACUGCUGAGCUCGCCGCCUAUCGCAAGAAGCUCGGCAACUAUCUUGUAGCCAAAAUGGGAAUUGUGGCUCCCAACUUGGCCGCUCUGAUCGGAGAGACGGUCGGUGCUCGUCUGAUUUCCCACGCUGGUUCUCUUACCAACUUGGCCAAAUACCCAGCCUCUACCGUCCAGAUCCUCGGCGCUGAGAAGGCUCUCUUCCGCGCUCUCAAGACCAAGGGCAACACACCCAAGUAUGGUCUCAUCUACCACUCGUCCUUCAUCGGCCGCGCUGGUAUGAAGAACAAGGGAAGAAUAUCACGAUUCCUUGCCAACAAGACGUCUAUUGCUUCACGUAUCGACAACUUUAGCAUGGCACCUACGAGAGUUUUUGGUGAGGCGCUACGAGCACAGGUCGACGAACGAUUACGAUUCUACGCCGAGGGCGUGAAUCCCAUGAAGAAUGCUGAUGCUAUGAAAGCCGCAAUGGACAAAACCCUCGCUACCAUUGAUGUUGCUGACCCCACAGCCGAUGCGACGGGAGAAGUGCCCAACAAGAAGGAAAAGAAGAGCAAGAAGUCGAAAUCUGAGGACGUCGAAAUGGCCGACAUUGACGCCGAUGCAAUUACCGAUAAAUCCUCGAAGAAAUCCAAAAAGGAGAAGCGCAAGUCCGAAGCCAUGGAUAUCGAUGUUGAUGAAGCGGCGGUGGAGAAGAAGCUGAAGAAGGAGAAGAAGGAAAAGAGGAAAUCCGAGGGUCUCGCGAAUGGUGAAGUGCCAGAGGAACAAAUCAAGGAGAAGAAGAAGAGCAAGAGCAAGAAGAGCAAGGCGUGAUGAGCACCGUUCAUAUUGAACGAAUGAGUUUGAACAUUCGUGGCGAAGGCGUUCAGAUAGGCGUUACGCGGACAAAGUACUACUGUACAAGUACUGUAUGAACGACCCGGAUGGCUAUCAUUUGGCGUGGUAUGGACUCUUUUUUCCAGUAUAAAACAUUUACUCCAACCCC